AUGGUCAUCACCGGGUAUGGCCCAACCGAAGCCAGCAUGUCUUCCAACAAACUGCAAGUGCCGUACCUCCGCAGCAAAACCCAGAGUCCACAGAAGUGGAUGCACCGUGGGUCGGUCGUCGCCGGACACACGGCCCCGAAUUACUCGAUCUACAUAGUCGACGAAGCGCUCAACCCCGUUCCCGUUGGAAUUCCAGGCCAGAUACUUAUUGGUGGCCCUGGGAUCGCGCAUGAGUACUUGAACAACGAGGAUCUAUCACGCAGCCGCUUCAUGGAGGACCGAUUCGCCACGGCCGAACAAAAAGCUCAAGGAUGGCGACGGGUUCACCUCACCGGCGAUCGAAGCUGGGGCUGGGGAUGUGCCCUUGGAGAAUAUUCGCUUUGA